GUCUUCCCUUGGAGGCCUGAAGAGUUAAGUGUCAUGGUGGGGUUACUGAGGUGGCCAGACUGUUUUCAUUCUCCCAUGUUCUGUGAAGAUGGAGCAACCCUACUGUCAUGCUCUAGUUCUAAAGCAGAGUGCCGGGGGGGCAACAGAGCAGAAAAGUACCUAAAAAAAGCAGAAAAUAUUACUGGAUGGGCAGUGUCUCUGAUACAGAGACUCCCACUUGCUUUCAGAAUCAUCCAGCCACUACAGUUUGUGCUUCUGUUACUGAGGGCUACAGUUCUAGCCUCUGAGGCAGCUGUCCCCAUCUACAUGUCAAAUGAAAGGGGAGAGCUCUCAGCAGAGCUAAAGGUUAUCCCAGAACCCAAUGGAGAGCCCCAGGAGCCACCAUGUACUCACCUAGAGGAGAAGAGGGAGUUUCAUAACUCUUUUUGUAACUGCUAUGUGCCAGUGCUAGGUUUACUUUAAACACAAGAGCCUGUUCCACCCCAGAGGAGGAGAGAAACAAGUUAGGGGGUCAUUCCUUGCUUCUGUUAGGCACGCAGAGAUCUGGUCCAUCUUGUUGUAUUUGUGGCCUCUACAGCUAAAGCUGGGAACAGGAGGCUGCUGCAUAGUCCCCCCAUCUCAAAAGGACUUGCAUUGCUGUCUAUCAGAAGAUGUAGCAGUCUAAUAGAGAAGCUCAUUCUACAGAGAACACUGCAGUUGCCUCUUCUUCAAAGAGAUUGUUUGACCGCAUGGGAGCAGGUGGUCCCCUCUUCAUUGAUGUGACGUGGCACCCUGCAGGGGACCCAGGAUCUGACAAGGAAACUUCGUCUAUGAUUAUUGCCAACACUGCAGUCAACUAUUGUGGCUUGGAGACCAUCUUGCACAUGACAUGCUGCAAUCAGACCAAGGAUGAUAUCACAGGGCAUCUGCAGAAAGCCAAGCGGCUUGGGUUGAAGAACAUCAUGGCAUUGCGUGGAGAUCCUGCGGGUGAGGAAUGGGAGGAAGAAGUAGAAGGCUUCAACUAUGCUGUUGACCUGGUUAAGCAUAUUCGCAAUGAAUUUGAUGAUUACUUUGACAUCUGUGUGGCAGGCUACCCCAAGGGCCAUCCUGAAGCAGAGAGCUAUGAGGCAGACCUGAAACACCUGAAGGAAAAAGUUUUUGCUGGGGCAGACUUCAUCAUUACGCAGCUUUUCUUCAGAUCAGAAACCUUUCUCAAGUUCAUGAAGGACUGUCAAGCCAUUGGCAUCACCUGCCCCAUUAUUCCUGGCAUCUUCCCCAUACAGGGUUACCACUCCCUGCGCCAGCUGGUGAAGCUCUCCAAGCUGGAAGUGCCUCAAGAAAUCAAAGAUGUGAUCGAACCCAUCAAGGACAACGAUGCAGCUAUCCGCAACUAUGGGGUGGAGCUGGCAGUGUCCAUGUGCCGGGAGCUGUUGGAUAGUGGUAUGGUGCAUGGGCUCCAUUUUUACACCCUCAAUCGGGAAGUGGCUACUACCGAAGUCCUUAAGCGUCUGGGCAUAUGGAAAGAGGACCCCAGGCGGCCUCUGCCCUGGGCAGUCAGCGCUCACCCCAAGAGAAGAGUUGAAGAUGUUCGACCAAUCUUCUGGGCCUCCAGGCCAAAGAGUUACAUCUAUCGAACUCAAGAAUGGGAUGAUUUCCCCAAUGGCCGAUGGGGUAACUCCUCCUCUCCAGCCUUUGGGGAACUGAAGGACUAUUAUCUCUUCUACUUGAAGAGCAAGUCUCCCCGGGAGGAGCUCUUGAAGAUGUGGGGAGAAGAGCUGACUGGUGAGGAGAGUGUCUUUGAAGUGUUCACAUGUUACAUCACUGGAGAACCCAACAAGAAUGGGUAUAAGGUUACGUGUAUGCCUUGGAAUGAUGACCCUCUUGCUACUGAAACCAACCUUCUGAAGGAACAGCUGGAGAAGGUUAACAGACGAGGAAUUCUGACCAUCAACUCCCAGCCAAACAUCAACGGCAAACCAUCCACAGACCCCAUUGUCGGUUGGGGACCCAGUGGUGGUUAUGUCUUCCAAAAGGCAUACCUAGAGUUCUUCACCUCCAGCGAGAUUGUCACGGCACUGCUCAAAGUGCUGAAGAAAUACGAGUUGCGAGUGAACUACCACAUUGUCAAUGUCAAGGGCCAGAAUAUCACCAACUCUCCAGAUCUGCAACCCAAUGCUGUCACCUGGGGCAUCUUCCCAGGCAGAGAGAUCAUCCAGCCCACCGUAGUGGAUCCUGUAAGCUUCCUCUACUGGAAGGAUGAGGCCUUUGCACUGUGGAUCGAGCAAUGGGCCAAGCUCUACGAGGAAGAGUCACCCUCUCGCAUGAUCAUCCAGUACAUCCAUGACAACUACUACUUGGUCAACCUCGUGGACAAUGACUUCCCCCUCGAAAACUGCCUCUGGCAAGUUGUGGGUGAUACUUUUGAGCUGUUGAACUCUCCAACUCAACAGUGAAAAUUCCUUUUCUAAUCCUUUUACUUCCUCCUUCCAUCCACUGACUGCGGGGAGAGAAAAGGCAGCUCCUGUGCUGUUGGUGGACCACACACUCCUAAACUCAGUAACCAGGCUAGCUGUGAUCUACCCACACUACAUGCUCCUCUGUCCCCAGCACAAAGGCUCCCUGACUCAAUAAUAGCCAGAACUACGUGGACCUCUGAGCUGAGGCUCUAAACUGAGCUUGAAGGCCAGCUCUGCAGGAUGAAGAGGUGCUAAUCAUGGCAACGUUGAUUACAGUAAUAGGAGAUAAGGCUCAGUGGGAUUCUGGUAACUUUCUUAAGCCCAAAAUGCUGCCCAGGAGGCAGAAACACUCCUGUCAGCACUGCCUAUGAGAGAUUAUUUCAGCAGUUGCCAGCCCUGAAAAGAAGCUCAAGUUGCUUUUACAUUGCACUCCUAAGAUAUAUUUCUUCAUAACUGAUCAUAUCAGGCUCUUUUGCACUCCUUCCAGUAGAAGGUUCAAGUUUUCUCCCUAACUUUUCUCCUUUUAUUAUAUUUCCUGUUGUACUUUAAUAGAAAUAUGUGAAUUUCAUUUCUGGAUGAGACUGAGUAGAAGUCACUAUUUCUCGGAUUAAGUAUAAUAAAAUACACAAAUCAAGUGGCUC